GGCCAUGCGCAAAAACCAAAGCGUGGAGUAUAAAUAAAGGAAAAUGAAAGCAACGUACGAUACGCAAAUAUGAAUGCCAAACAUUGCCGGAGCGCAGCACGAAAACUCGACGUGGCUGCAAAAUAAUUAGUUUCAGAGAAGCUUCGAUAGAGCGCGAAGUGUAUAUUCUGUCGACACGACGCGAUAACUUCGACUUUCAGAUAAUUAAUUUUCCAUUCGCCAACAUCAACUUUCAUAAAAAGUCCUAUCAGCGAAUCACGUCGAUUUUUCAUCGUAUAUCGGUCGAAAUAAUCGCCAAAGUUCUGAUAAAAUGACCAUCGAUUUCCAAAGUCGUAAGGGAAAGUCGAUAAAGCAGUUUUAAAAGUAAGGUUAUGGUGCAAUUUCAAACUGAUGUUAUCUUAAUAUCGGGAUGUCAUAGGGCGAACAAGGAUUGAUUUCUUAAACGAAAGGAAAUCAUAUUAAAAUUCAUAGUUCAUUUAAAUGUUUGUAAUCUACGAUUUAGUUCUCAGGGAAAUUAAUUUCGAAAGUGUGUAUAUAAUUUUAAAAGAAAUAAUUGAAUUGAAGAAAACAGGAGGAAAAAGGUUAUCAAUUAAGUAUCUUAUCUAUGUAAGUGAACAAUUUUUCAGAAACAGUUUUCUUCAAAAUUAAGCUUUACGUGAGAAAAUCGUAUUCUACACUUUUCAUCUAUUGGGUUGGCAAGUAAGUAGUAGCCAACUCAAUAGAAGAUGGCGAGACAAAGAGGGUGCUAAGACGCGUGCAAAUGUGUAUCCACGAAUAUCUUCUCAAUCACAUAUCAAAUGAAUCUGAAACUAUUUUGAUAUCAAUUCUAAGUGUAAUGUAAAUGUUCUUAUACAUUUAUUUUGACGAUUAGGAUCCACAAUUCUCAACAGUCAUGAAUCUUAAAAAGAAAUAUUUCAAAAGUUGGGGCAAAGUUGGUUUCUUCUGUCGUUGUGUCUAUUGGGUUGGCAACUAAGUGGCUGCGAAUUUUGUCAAUACCCCACCUAAAGACAAAAUCCGCAAUCGCUUAGUAGCCAACUCAAUAGAAGAUGGCGAGACAAAGAGAGUGCCAAGACGCGUGCAAAUGUGUAUCCACGGAUAUCUUCUCAAUCGCAUAUCAAAUGAAUCUGAAACUAUUUUGAUAUCAAUUCUAAGUGUAAUGUAAGUGUUGCUAUACAUUUAUUUAUUAUGAAUCUUAAAAAGAAAUAUUUCAAAAGUUGGGGCAAAGUUGGUUUCUUCUGUCGUUGUGUUUAUUGGCUUGGUAACUAAGUGAUCGCGGAUUUUAUCAGUAGGUGGUAUUGACAAAACCCGCAAUCACUUAGUUCCCAGCCCAAUAUAUUCGAAAAUACCUUCCAUCGAGCAUAAUUACGCUCUCAAUAGCUUUAAUUACAUUCUAAUUUCAUGCAAUCGCAAGCGCGUGUCUUGAAUUUAUAAACAAAUCGAUGGAAGAGUUUCAUAUCGUUUGCGGUGCCGACCGGAUGGCUGGACAGCACCGAGUUUGAAAGGCAUUUGCACCGUGGACACGUGAUGCUUUUAGUGAAACUAGCUACACACAGAACGAUACAAAUGAGCUGAUUUAACACGGCCGCAUUAAUCGUCGGCUGAUUAGGCGAUUCGAAUACUCUGAACCCCUCGUUAGUCCAAAAAAUGGUACACGUUACGAUUAAUAACCUUUGCACUUCUAUGUCGAGUGUGACUCGACGUCAGUUUUUAUCUCAGCAGCUCCUUUGUCGAGUCCCAGCUUUUUUUGUGAAACCUGCAAAAGAAAAGCUGCAUUGCAUCCCAGAAAUUGUUUCAAGAUAUAUCAUACUUUAAAAAUUACAAAAUACAACAAUAGUGUGAAUAAAACUGGUAUUUAAGAGAAUUUAUUUCUUCAUUUUAUUUAUUUAAAUUGUCUUACUUUUUAGUUAAAGUAAAUUUCACGUAAAACACUUAAAAGCGUUGGGAGAUGCUGCUAACGAAAUUGAAAUAAAAUUCGCAGUGCAAAGGGUUAAGGACCCCACGUUAGUCUAAAAAAUGGUACACGUUACGAGUAAAUUGGUCGCAAUUGCUUCUGAAUCUAAUUAUUGGGUUGGCAACUAAGUGAUUGCGGAUUUGUCAAUACCACCAAAUGACAAAAGCCGCAACCACUUAGUUGCCAAUGAAAAAGAAGCAACAGAGAACUUUUCUUGUAAAUUGCCACAGUUGGAACCUAAACUUGUUUGUCACAUAUGAGGAUAGAAGUAAUCAAUAGACAAAAUGUACAAAGGUUCAUCUAUCCUUUAUAUCUGUCGAAUGAUCUGAUUCGCUGAAGAUCUUUCUCAGAACGCAGAUAUCGAAGCACUUGCUGCUUUACAGACCAAUUGUUUAAGGUGGAAAACAAGCUGACUUUAUCUGCCAGAUUCAUCUACAGAGUGACUUCUCUUGAAAGAUGGCUUCCAUGAAUCAAUUGAAUCCAAUUUCACGAAUCGAAGCAUGAAACGUUUUCGACGAAAAAGAACAGCCAAUUCAUUCUUCCUCCAAUCGUGCACUAAUCAAAUGAUAUAGCUGCCCAAUAAAAAGUAAAACACGCUUGCAACGCCCACAUAUACAUAUACAUAUACCCAGCAUCAGAAAGCGAAAUAUUGGGUUGACAACUAAUUGAUUGUGGAUUCUCUCAAUAUCACCUAAUAGCAAAGUCCGCAAUCACUUAGUUGCCAUGGAAAGUCCCAAUAGAAAAUAAAAUCCAGGUUUUAUGAGCACCCUUGACAAAACAAGAAUCAGUUCAUCGUUCCCUCAGCAAUAUACCAAUCAAACUAUGUAUAUUUCAGCAAUAAAAGCUAAGAAUAUCAAAUGAAUUACCGAAAUGCCAUCCAUAGGAACCAAGACAGCUCAAUAUUGGGUUGGCAUAUUCCUGAGGGAGCAUUGAACUGAUUCUUGCUUUGUCAAGGGCGCUCAUAAAGCGUGGCUUUUACUUUCUAUUAGGUUGGCAACUAAGUGAUUGCGGAUUCUCUCAAUACCAUCUAAUGGCAAAGUCCGCAAUCACUUAGUUUCCAACCCAAUAGAAAGUAAAAGCCUUUAUGAGCUCCCUUGACAAAACGAGAAUCAGUUCAUCGUUCCCUCUGCAAUAUACCAAUCAAACUAUUUAUAUUUCGGCAAUAAAAGCUAAGACUAUCAAACGAAUUACCGAAAUGCCAUCCGUAGCAAUCAAGACACCCCAAGUCAACGAUCCCAAUUACAGCAUCGAAGCUACCGCUUCCUGCUUAUCGUCGGCCGACAAGUAAUAGCCCUAGACACCGUGUACAUGGCACAUGUGCGCGCGCACUCGUCAAUGCAUAAUGCAUAUAACAGAGCGAUACGAUGGUAGACAGUGGCUUAACCCGGUGUCUGGUCAGAAGGUUUGCAUCGUGAUGUCGUGGCUGCUUGUUCUCUCGCUGGUCAUACCAACAUCCUUGUCGUCGUCGCCAGACGUAGUGACGUGUAGGCAGAGCAACGACUACACGAUCUGCCGUGAGGAUGACAUUCUCGUGAACGUCAGCCAACACGGGGAAGCGAACAGCUUGAGCAUCCACGAUCUAAGUCUAAUCGAGGUGCGUGAGGACGCGUUCGAGAACUUGACGGCAACCAGCUUGAGCCUGGGUCACGGCAACCGAAUUUCCACACUAACGAAGCUGUCGUUUCGUGGAUUGGCGGAUUUGGAGGAGCUGCACCUGGACAACAACCGAGUCAGCCUGGAACCUUAUCUGUUCUCCGAGCUGAAGAAGCUGAAGGCUCUCUAUCUGAGCUUCAAUCGGAUCGAUCACCUACCAAAACAUGCAUUUGAUGGAUUGCCCUAUCUGAAGUGGUUGUUCCUCAGAUACAAUCGCUUAACAUCCAUCGAGCAAGACACUUUCGUUGACCUGACCGAUCUGUUGCAGUUUCUUAGGUUGGAUAACAACAGGAUCGGCAAGAUCGUGCCCGGCAGUUUCGAGAAGCUACACGAACUCACCCAUUUGCAUUUGGAAUAUAACCUUAUAAGCAAGAUCCUACCUGGCACGUUUCGUGGACUGAAAGCAUUGACCGCUCUGUUUCUCGAUUACAAUUCACUGACGAACAUUUUCAAAGGAGAUUUCGACGACCUUGACUCGUUGCAGAUGCUGAACCUUCAGUUUAACGAGAUUGCUGAUAUAGAACCUGGGUCCUUCGACAAUCUGUCCAGCUUGAGAAAAUUGAACUUGAGGAGGAACAAACUGACUCAUAUUACCGUCGGAAUCUUUGACAAACUGGCGAAAUUGUACGAUCUAGAUUUGUCUUACAAUUUCAUUGACAUCGUGGAUCCUGCAGCUUUCAGCAGUGGCAAUAUAGAGUCGUUCCAUUUCAUUCAUAACAAUCUCAGUGACAUCAACGAAAACGUCGUUGGAUUGUCUUCUUCCACCAUAAUAUACUCAUAAACCUGACACUAUAAACAAAUCAAUAAAUGUGUGCGGGUCGUUUAAUUCAGUGGAACGUGAUCCAGACGAACUCGAAUGGAAAUUCAGGCGAUAACCGUUCUAAACGUUCCUAGAAAAGCAUAAACAAGUGAAGCAGCAAGUUGACAUUCGAAAGAUCAGGAUCGACCUUGCAGUUAACCACAUUACAGAAGCGACCGAAUGGGAGGCCUGCAGGUUCCAAGUUUGGCAAAUCCAGUGCACUUUCAGUUAUCUUACGUCACUUGGAUGGCUAAACGAUCAUCAAGAGUGUGGAUGUCGGCUGAACUAAGAAUUUACCAGUAGGCUUCUGUCACUGACUGGUUGGAACAUCGCUGGAACUUGGACUGGAUUCCCUGUCGAUUUCACGCUACCAUUUAAUUGGACAGUAUCAGGAAAGCUAACGGUUCUACGUGCAACCACGUUCUUGAGAAUUCUAUUCGACGAGAUUGAGAAAAUAGAUUGGACAAAGUGGAAGAAACAUCGUUGAAUUGGUGUUCAUCGUGGUUCUUCAGUUUGUAAGAGGGUGCAGAACGUUCGUGAAUUUCGUGGCUCGUGUAAAUCCCUUUCGAACGAAGAUCAAAUGUUUGUGAAGCAAAGAGAAGGCUCCUGUCGCCAAAUUUGCCAAAGUCUUAAAAUCAUAUCCUCUAAAUGGCAUUCGAAUUUCGCUCUCCUCGACUGAGUCCCUGGCUGGAGACACGAUUCUCAGUUUGCUUUAGUUGCCGACCCAAUAUAAAUGCAGAUAUCGAAAUGGGAAUUUUACUUUAAUCUCGUUGAUAGAAGAUCUAUGGGUCCUCUAAGAUGGAAUUUCGUGUCGUUGGUAGAUUUAUUCUUCUUUUCUCUACUUUCUCGAUUUUUCUUUUUUUUUUUUCUUUUAAUUUUGAAAGAAUGAUUUCUCAGAAGAUUUGGACGAUUGACGCCUGAAAAUUCAGAUAUAAUCGAGUGAAACCUGUUCAUCUGCUGACAGAGUGGAAAUUGAGACUCUCUAGAAAUUCCUAAGUGAACAAGUGGCGCCCCGUUGCCACGGUAUAAUAAUUAAUGGUAGCAUUUAGUUUCUGGAAUUAGAGCUGUCCAAAUCACCUAAAACGCUUCAAUUACAUGAGCUGCUAAUUUAGUCGCGGAUGGAUAUUUCUUUUAAUUCGUUGCUACUGAUUUUGCGACAAGUUUAAUACUUAACCUUUUGAGCGCCUCGUUGUCCGACGUUAGGCGUGCGCCAUGGACGGCCCACUCUUUACGAAGAAGCACACCGUGAGC